AUGGCCGCGAGGCGCGGGGACGCGAUCGUCGCGCUCGUGGCGAUCUGCGCCGCGCUGGCGACCCUCCCGGACGCGCGCGUGCACGGCUUCAAGGCGAACGACUUCAAGAAGUGCGAGACGUCCUCGUUCUGCCAGCGCCUGCGCGAUCGACCGGACGGCGCCACGCGCGAGAUCUACUCGAUCGAGGGGCGGUGGGAGCCGAUCGGCGGCCGCGGCGGGGGAUGGGGCGCGCUCCUCGCCAAAGCCGGCGAGCCGCGCCCGCUUCGGGUCGAGCUCACGCCCUACGGCGACGAGGGCGUCGUGAGGCUGCGCGUGGACGAGCCCGCGCAUCCCCGGUACGUCGUCCCGGACGUCCUCGUCGAUUCCCUAUCGCCGUCCGAGUUUGCCGACGUUCAGUUCGCACAGGGCGGGGGCAAGGGUGGCGAGGGGGCGCGCACGGUGUUCACCACCAAAAACCCCGACGUGGACGUCGUCGUGACGCACGCGCCGUUCCGCGUCGCCGUCCGCGUCAGGGGCCACGAGACGACGGUGUUCAACCGUCGAUCGCUCUUCGAAUUCGAGUACAAGCGCGACGCCCCACCCGAGGGCGAGUCGUGGAGCGAAUCGUUCAACUCGCACACCGACUCGCGCCCGAACGGACCCACCGCGCUCGCGUUCGACGUCACAUUUCCCGACGCCGAGCACGUCUACGGCAUCCCCGAGCGCGCGACGUCGCUGUCCCUCAAGGAGACGAAAGACGCGACAGGCCAAGCAGUGACGGAGCCGUAUCGCAUGUACAACCUCGACGUCUUCGAGUACCUCGCGGAGUCGCCCUUUGGGCUGUACGGAUCCAUCCCGGUGAUGCUCGCGCACGCCAAGGUGAACGGGGGUGCCAGCAAACGGGUGUUCGGCACCGGGCGGGCGUUUUCCGAAACGGUCACGUCCGCCGUUUACUUCAACAACCCGACGGAGACGUACGUGGACGUUACAAAGUCGCACGAAAGUUCAAUCCUCGGUAAGAAAGUUCAAUCGGUCGAGACGCACUGGAUGGCGGAGAGCGGAUCGAUGGACGUGUUCGUCGCGCCCGGGCCCACGCCGGCGGCGGUGAUACGGCAGUACACGUCCCUCACGGGCACCACGCGGAUGCCCCCGUCGUUCGCGUUGGGGUACCACCAGUGCAGGUGGAACUACAGGGACGAGAAGGACGUCGCCGAGGUUGACGCGGGAUUCGACCAACACGACAUACCGUACGACGUCCUGUGGCUGGAUAUCGAGCACACCGACGGCAAGCGGUACAUGACGUGGGACGCCGGCAAGUUCCCCACGCCUCGGCGGAUGAUCGAGGACGUGGCGUCGCGGGGGCGUAAGAUGGUCACCAUCGUGGACCCGCACGUUAAGAAGGACGCCGGGUACCCCAUCUUUAAAGAGGCGGAAGCCAAGAACUUUUACGUGAAAAAGGCGGACGGACGCACCGACUUUGACGGGUGGUGCUGGCCGGGGAGCUCCGCGUACCUGGACGUGACCUCCCCUGCGGUUCGGGACUGGUGGGCGGGUAAGUUCGCGUUGGACCAGUACGAGGGAAGCACCAAGGACUUGUACAUCUGGAACGACAUGAACGAGCCGUCCGUGUUCAACGGACCGGAGGUUACGAUGCAGAAGGACUUGGUUCACGCCGGGGGGGUGGAGCACAGGGAAGUUCACAACGCCUUCGGGAUGUACUACCACGCGGCAACCGCCGAGGGUAUCGCGCGUCGCAACGGCGAGCGACCGUUCGUGCUCUCCCGCGCGUUUUUCGCCGGGACGCAGCGAAUCGGCCCCAUCUGGACCGGCGACAACGCCGCGGACUGGGACCACCUGCGCGUGUCGAUCCCGAUGGUCACGACGCUCGGGCUGACGGGCCUCACGUUUUCCGGCGCCGACGUCGGCGGCUUCUUCGGCAACCCCGACGCCGAGCUCAUGACGCGGUGGUACCAGAUCGGAAUCUACUACCCCUUCUUCCGCGGGCACGCGCACCUGGAGACGAAGCGACGCGAGCCGUGGCUGUUCGGUGUCGACGCCACGCGAACGAUCCGCGACGCCAUCCGCCGGCGGUACCAGCUCAUGCCGUACCUGUACACCCUCUUCGAGGCGGCGCACCGCGAGGGCUCGCCCGUGCUCCGUCCGCUGUGGUACGAGUUCCCGGACGAUCCCUCGGUGUGGGCCCGGGAGGACGCCGUGAUGCUCGGCCCCGCGAUCCUGGUUCAUCCGGUGCUCACGCAGGGCGCGGUCGACGUGGACGUAUCGUUGCCCGACGGGGUCUGGUACGAUUUCGACACCGGCGAGGCGCACCUCGGGCCCAAGCGUUGGAAGUACCCCGUCACCAUCGCGGACGUCCCCACGUUCGUCAGGGGCGGACACAUCGUCCCACGGCGCGACAGACCGAGGCGGUCCACGUCCGCGAUGCGACGCGAUCCCCUCACGCUCGUGGUCGCGCCGGAUGCGGGAGGCGACGCCAUCGGCGAGGUGUACUUUGACGACGGCGUCGGUUUCGAGCACGAGACGCGCGACGCGUUCGUCCGCCGCGCGCUGACGUUCUCGCGGCACAAGGAGCUGAGCAUCGCGGAUGUGUCGGUGGAGCGGGUGUUGAUCUUGGGCGCGGCGAGGCACGGCGGCGCGGUGGUGAACGGCGAGGCGAGGGACGUCGUCGCGGCGCCGGCGUCGACGCGGGACGGCGCGCCGGCGAACGCGGUGGCGGUGCGCAAACCGGGGGUUCGCAUCGCGGACGACUGGACCAUCGCGCUCGCGGCGUCGGCGGGGGGGUAG